AUCCUUUUUUGCAAUGAUCCACGUACUAAUCUGUGUUUUGUUUACAAGCACGAGCAUCUUUCUGCGAAUCAGCUAUAUAAGGAGAAGCUGAAAUUGAACAGCUACUUUGAUUUUAUUGUCAAUGCCUAAUUGUCAUCUGUUGUGGUGUCAAUUCUGAGGUUGUCACAAUGCAAGUUCUGGUUCUCCUCUUUUCCAUCUCUCUGAACUUCAUAUUAACUUGUGGAUGCCCUUCGGAUACAUUGACCAACGGUUGCAGUGUACCAAUCAAUAGCACAUCGUUUCCAUACAAGGUCUUCUUCCAUCCAGCUUGCCAGAGACAUGAUGUUUGCUAUUCUUGCGGUCAAAUGCAUAGCUGGUCAAGAGCAAAUUGUGAUUCUGGAUUUUUAAACGACAUGAUAAGCAUAUGUAGGACAACUAACUCAAACUUACGAAAGCGACGCCAUAUUGAAGACUACAUGCCGCUGCUUCGACACAAGCUGAAACGUAGUAUACGAGCCACCGAGCCUGACGAUCUGGUCUUUGCAUUGUGGGGUACAGUGUGUGAAUGGGCCGCAGGAGCCUACUAUCAAACCGUGCGUUUGUUUGGAACAAAACACUAUGACGACGUUUCACCUGCCCACAUAUGCAUUCACCAAUGUGCUAUAGACAAUGGUACCCCAAACAUCAGCUGAACUGCUCAAUGUAUUUUGUCUUACGAUCAGUCUUUAAUGAUAAGGCAGACAAAAGAAUGUAAAAACAUUUA